AUGGCUCCGUAUGAGGCCCUGUAUGGGAGAAAAUGCCAAUCUCCGCUAUGCUGGUAUGAAGCUGGGGAGAAAGGCUUGUUGGGACUGGAGAUGAUAGCUGAGACCACUGAACAAAUCCUGGAGAGGGUCAGAUUGGUGGCGUAUCGAAUGGCUCUACCACCCCACCUUUCAAACCUGCACGAUGUAUUUCACGUGUCGAAGCAUCGGAAGUAUACUCCUGAUGCUAGUCAUGUAUUAGAACCAGAAUCGAUUCAGUUAAAAGAAGAUUUGACACUUCCGGUGGCUCCGGUCAGAAUUGACGAUACUAGUAUCAAACAGUUGCAUAGAAAAGAGGUUUCGUUAGUCAAAGUGGCAUGGAGCCGAGACGAUAUUGAGGAGCACACUUGGAAACUUGAGUCAGAGAUGCGAACUGAUUACCCGCACUUAUUCUCAGGUAAUUGA